GCAAAUCAUCAAUAACGAAAUAUUUACCACAAUGUACAAAUUCGUUUUCGUACUCGCUCUUGUUUCUUGUGUAGCUGCUGCUCCUGGAUAUCUACUGGGAGGUUACGGUGUUCCUGCAGCAACAAGCUAUAGCUCAAGAGUCGAUUAUCCUUCUCCUGUUGUGGCCAAAACUGUAGUAGCUGCUCCUGUCGUUCCUGCUUAUGGAUUAGGAUAUGGUAGUCACUAUGGAGGUCAUUAUGGUGGUCUAGUUUAUCCCUAUGGAAGUGGAUCAUAUUAUGGAAAUAAUUUGGGAUAUGGACAUGGUUUAGGACAUGGUUAUGGAUACGGUAGUCUCUAUUAAAUAUUCUUGUGUGCAAUUGAAUGAAGAAUUAGGAACUGAUUCACAUUCCAUGUUCAAUUAAGUUCGUGUAUAUAUGUAUACUGUUAUAUAUUGAUUUACUAAUGUAAUAAAAUGCUGCAA